CUGGUACAUUCGACAGUCGACAUCUUCCAGAACUGUGCUGUGGCUGUUGUUUGGUCUGGCGGUGAAAUGUCCUUUCCUCGAGCCGCGCUGAAGAGGUUUAACGAGCACACGGGCUGUGCUCCUGCCCCGGGCACCUAUGAUGUUAAAACCGGGGACCCGAAAGGUGCUGCGACCUUCAACAGGUCGGACCGGUUCAGAGCACUUAAAGCAGCCGGAGCUCUGCCUCCAACUCCAUCACCUUCUAAAAACGCCCUGAUUUCACCUGUCCGUAGGACGAUGUCAGUCGAUGCCCUGGCUAAAGGGUCAAGUGUGAAGGAAGAGAGGAACAGCCAGAGCCUGGAGAGGAAACAACAGAAACUCCUGGAGAAGGAGAUCAGAUCUCUAGUUCAGCAGCGUGGGGAGCAGGACCGACGUUUGCUGGCCGUGGAGGAAAACCUGAAGAAGGUGGAGGCCAAACUGCUGGCUGCAGUCAGGGAGAAGACGGGUCUCUCUGCCACGGUGACCACGCUGGAAAGACAGAGGACUGAGCUCAAGAAAGUCAACGAGUUUCUAAAGAACAAGGUUUCUGCAGAUGUCACAAAGAAGAGAAUCAAUUCUCUGACGAUGGAGCUGAUGGAGGCCAGGAACAGUUUAGACAUCAAGGACAAGGAGUUGAGUGUCCUGCAGGUGAACACUGAAGGUCGACUCACUGCGUUAGAAACUGAUCUCCAAGCUGCCAGAUCUACAGUCACUGCAUUAGAAGACAGAAACAAGAACCUGGAGGACCUUCAUCAAGUCACAAAAGUCCAAAAUGAAGAGCUGGAGAACGAGAAUAAUAAACUUCACGCUCUGAUUCAGGAGCUGAAGGAGGAGAUCGUCGUCCUGCAGGAAUACUUGGACACAGCCAACGACCAGAUCCAGGAUCUCCGUCUGCAGCUCGAGGCAAAGAUGCAGGAAACAUCAGACGCAAGUUCUCACCUGGAGGAAAUGAAGCGGCUGGAAACUGAACUGAAGCAGAAAAACUCUGAGCUGGAAAACACUCUGGAAAUGCUGAGGCAAAAAGAGGAGGAGGCUGUGAUGAUGCAGCAGCAGCUGGAGGCAUCUAAGGAGGCUUUAGGAGGAGUGGAGGAGAGGCUGGAGCAGCAGGACAAGGAGCUGCAGGUGGCACAGAGUUCAGUACGAGACAUGGAGGAGCAAAUGACGUCGGCCAGGCUGGAAGUCCACAGCUUUCAAGCCACGGUGCAGCAGCAGGAGGCAGAGCUGGCCCGGCUGAGGGAGGCGCUGGGGGAGACGGAGAAGGAGCUGCAGGAGCGGGUGGCCGGCCUGGAACAGCAGUGUCGUCUGUCCGGAGAAGAAAGAGACAAAGUCCAGGAGGAGAGCGUGAGGAGGAUCCAGGAGUUGAUGUUGGAGCUUCAGCUGCUGCGAGGAGCUACAGUCGACCAGGACAAGGAGCAGAACCAGCUGCAGCAGGAACUCACCAAAGAAAAGGCCCUGGUGGAGCAGGAGAGAACGAAAUCUGAGGAGCUACUUGAUGAGUUGGAGGAGGUGCUGGGAGAGCUCGCUCUCAUGGAGCAGCAGGAGCUGAGGAGUCGGGAGGUGGUGGAGAAACAUCAGCAGACCCUGCAGCAGCUGCAGGAGGAGAAGACUGAGCUGGAGAGACAACUGGACGACACCAGGUCACAGCUGGAGAGCACGGGCCGCGACUUGGCAGCUUUAAAGGAGGAGCGUUUGUCAGCUUCAAGACAAGAGCAGGAGGUGCACAGCAGCUCCCUGAAGGAGAUGGCAGACGUGGUGACAGAGCUGGAGAGCACCAGGCAGGCUCUGAAGGAGCGGGAAGACGAGGUGCAGAGGGUUAGCAAGGAGAUGAAGGAGGAGAUGGACGAAGUGGUUAAACAGAAGGAAGAGGAGCUCCUCAGGAUGAAGGAGGAGCACCAGGAAAGACUGUCAGCUGAGGCCAAGGCCAGUGACGACACUUCGAGACUGUUGCUGGAGGUGCAGGCCACACUGGCCAGGAAGGACCAGGAGGUGGAGGCCAUGGAGGCGACCCGGGCUGACCUGAUCACUCAGAUACAGCUGCAGAGAACGGAGACAGAAGCUGCUCUGAAACAGCUGCAGACGGAGAAGGAAACGACAGAGAAACUCCUGGAGGAGGUCGGUCUGGCCAAGGAGGAACUGUUCCAGAAGCUGCAGCAGGAACGUGAAGAGAGAGUUAAAGUUCAGACAGCUCUUCAGGACAGUGUGGAAGCAUUAGAGGUUGAAAGGAGAGGCCUCCAGCAGGUGAGGUCAGACAGCGUCCGACUGCAGACGGAGGUCCAGAGGCUGGAGCAGGAAAAUAAGAACCUUCAGUCUCAGGUGGAACUUCAAGACCAGUCCAGACUCCUGCUUGAAGAUCGACUCAAUGAGGCCGAACAGAACCGGGAUCUUCUGCAGGCUCGUCUGAACGAUGUUGGACAGGAGUGUGUGAACCACCAGGCUCAGUUAGAACUCACCAGUGACCUGAAGAACCAGCUCGAAAAACAUCGACGAGCCAGGGAGGCCCUGCAGCAGCACGUGGAGGUGCUGUCCCAGGAGAAGGUGACACUGCUGUGGGAGAUGGAGGAGCAGCAGCAGGAGCUGAAAAAACUGGAGAAACAAGCAGAAGAAAAGAGGUGUGUCACCUUGGAGGAGAAGGUGGCCAGAGGAGCAACAUGA